AUGAGCUAUUUGUUGGAAAAAUCACUGCAUGCAAAGGGACAACGCCAGGGGCCGUGUGAAUCUUGUUCUGUGACGACUCGUAUGGAUGACACAAGAAGAGUACAGAAGCUUGCUCCAAUUUUGCUGAUCGACACUAAUCCGUCCAGUCCAAAGUUCACCGAGUUUUGGCAGAAGCAACUGAAG